GCAUUAUAACGAACAAAUCACCAUUGCCUGUCUAGAUAAAUAUUAUAUGCCAAUCAUAUUAUUUUUGGGCAAAUAAUAUUAAUCAUAUGAUAUGAUAUGAGUAAACAUUCUCAUUUAUACAAAAAAAAAAUUGGCGAUGUUGAAGAUUUGAGAAGAAGGAGAAGUGAAAUUAGUAUAGAAUUGAGAAAAUCUAAGAAAGAAGAGAUUUUUCAGAAGCGAAGGAAUAUUGAAAGCUUUAAAGAUGACAAUGACAUAGAUAUAGAUGAUGAGGAAGCCAGUUCAACUCAAACUCAAACAGAGAAGAUUAGAAAAUAUGUAGAAAUGGCUUACGAUAAUGAUUCUAUAAAUUCUUUUAAAGGAAUUCAAAAAAUUAGAAAACUUUUGGCAUCAAGUCACAAACCUCCGAUAGACAAGCUUAUCAACUUGAAUAUAUUGCCAAAGCUUAUAGAAUGUUUGCAGAAAUAUGACCAGCCCGAAACACAGUUCGAAGCGUGCUGGGCACUCACAAACAUAGCCUCUGGUACGAGCGAACAAACCAAGGCUCUCAUAAAUUCUGGUGCCUUACAUUGGCUAGUUAACCUGCUGUCUUCCCCACAUAUCAAGGUAUGCGAACAGGCCACGUGGGCUUUGGGCAACAUUAUAGGUGACGGUCCGGGACCUAGAGAUUCCGUCCUCUCUUCCGGUUUGCUCCCACCCUUCCUAACACUCUUAGACCGGGCCUUAAUCGCGCUGGCGGACCAAGGAACCUCAUGCCCAACAACCGAGCCCAGCAAAGGGGACGAUUACAAGGAAAACGAUAAAAAUAAGAAUAAGGAACUCUCGUUGGUCCGAAACCUAGCCUGGGUUAUAACCAACCUUUGUAGAAAUAAAAACUCGCCCGUGGGUACCGACGCUAUAGCCUUGCUCUUAAUCGCGAUAGUCAAGAUAUUGCAAGUCUGCAAUGACUCGCAGAUUUUAAUUGAUUCUCUAUGGGCCAUAUGCUAUGUCACGGACAUCGGUAACGACCAUAUUCAGUUCGUUAUAGAUAUCGGUCUCAUAAACAUCAUCGUGCCGUUUCUAAGCCACGUGAACUAUAAAGUCAAGACCUCUGCACUGAGAGCCCUGGGUAAUAUAGUGACCGGAACUGACACCCAAACUCAACUAGUGAUAGAUUCGGGAAUAUUGCCUUACUUUCACGAUAUGCUGCAACAGACAGAUGACGAAAAAUUGAUUAAAGAAUCUCUUUGGUUUCUUUCCAACAUCGCUGCUGGUAAUAAGGAUCAAAUUCAAACGCUGUACCAAUCGGGACUUAUGCCAGCUAUCAUCCAAUGCUCUAAAAGGCCGCAAUUCUACAUUCAAAAAGAAUCGAUUUGGACAGUGGCUAAUUUUAUAUUAGGCGGCACUCCCGAACAAGUGAUAUUGCUCGUUCUCCAAACUGAGGCUAUCCCAUCGCUAUGCGAUCGCCUCACCAUUAAAGACCCCCAACUACUCAAAAUAAUAUUGCAAAGUCUCAGUUGCGUUCUCAAAUACGCGGCCCGCUCGUCUCAAUCACUGGAAUCACGCGAUAACGUUACAUUGAACAUCCUGGUUCAGCAGAUAGAACAAUGUGGAGGAUUGGAUAAAAUAGAAUCCCUGCAAAGACACGAAAACGCCGAAAUUUACGCCGUAUCCAAUUCCAUCGUUGACAUAUAUUUUUCCCAUCAGUCAAACGAAGAAGAUACGAGUUUGUCGACCAAAGACUUCAGUUUUCAAACAGACGCCACCCCCGUCUCCGAUACCACGUUUAACUUUUGAUAGGAAUGAGACGCGUAUAUCGAUUACCGCGAUAAUUUCUUAUAAUUAUUUUUUUGGUUACAUUUGCCAGAAUUCGCGCUAAAUAUCACAUCACUCGGAGUGUAGGAAUUCCGGAUUCAUUAUUUUUUUUUUCUAUUACCCAUAUUUUAAACACUUUUUAUGAGAAUUUUCUAUUUCUUAGAAAUGUUUAUUAUUAUUAUUAUUAUUAUAAGAAUUUGAAAGACAUGUGACCCUUUUUUUGAAUGGCGAUAAUUCAGCGGGAGGCUCCAAUAACUCCCGACGUCGCGCGAAGGGACGCGCGAUACAAAAUCAUGUUACAUUUGUAUUAUUUAUUGUAUCUUCUUUUUUGUUUUUUAAAAAAAAACGGACAACUUUAAUCAUCGAUUUAAACUACGAAUAAAAAUUAUAAACCAGUA